AUGAAAGUAUCAGUAAAACAAGUGUAUACGUCUGCUGGUUGUAACCGUAUACCUGAAAUAGCUGAUUGGAACAGCGAAGGUCAUAUUUGUUUUGGAGCUUCAAAUGCAGUUGUUAUUUACAAUACGAAUCAGAAAGGGCUUGAUCCACUUUCGGUGUAUCAUCACCAUACUUCCAGAAUAAAUUCCGUGAAGUGGCUUAGAAAACCUAAUGACUCGUGCAAAGAAUUGUUGUCAUGUUCGGCAGACAAGACUGCUGCGAUUUGGACUUUAUGCGAUGGUAUUUGGAGAGUGACAAGCAAGUUAGCUGGUCAUACGAAUGGAAUCACAUGCAUACAUGGUCUUUAUAUGGAAGGAAAUAACCUAAUCAUAUUUACGGGAUCUAUUGAUUCAACUGUUAAAGUGUGGGAAAGAAUAAAUGGAACUGUAAACCUAAGGCAGACUAUAAGCCUGAACUCUGGUCUCUGCCUAACACUUUAUGGUCAUCUCCUGCCAGUUGUUAAUAAACCUAUACUGUUUUGUGCUCUUGAUGACCACAAGAUACAUGUGUUUGCUGCUGAUGAUGAGUAUACUAGAGUACAUACUAUAGCAGGACACGAGGAUUGGGUGAGAGGAAUAGAUGUAUUAGAUGUUGAUGACUCCACAAUUAAGUUGGCAUCAGCAUCCCAAGAUACAUAUAUCCGUCUUUGGUGCAUUCAACAGCACAUUCAAACCCAACCCACUUCAGAGAUAAUGGUUGAAGAGAAAGUGUUCCAGGCAUAUGGGCACAGUUGGUCAGUGAAAUUGGAAGCCGUACUUGCUGGUCAUGAAGGAUGGGUGUAUGGGGUCCAGUGGCAUCCCUAUAUUAUUGAUGAAGAUACAAAAAGAAAGGUGCCAGUGUACCGCCUUCUUUCAUCAUCAUUGGAUAAGACGUUAAUUAUAUGGGAGCCAGAAGCCGGCGGAGAUCGCGGGGAGGGGGGCGCGUGGGUGGAGAGGGUGCGGGUGGGUGAGGUGGGGGGAAACGGCCUAGGGUUCUACGGCAGUAGAUUUGGCCCCAAUGGGACUUCAUUCAUGGGCCAUGGCUAUAAUGGCUCGUUUCAUAUAUGGACUUUGUGUAAGGUAGGAUAG